AUGUCUGCCUUCGGUACUCUCCAUUCUCAGCGGGCUCCUGAUGAAACAGGAUCUGAAAUUAAGAUUGGGCCAUCUUAUCAACAUUCUGUACCAUUGAAAGAAAUUCGGGUUUCAGUGACUCCACAUGACCUUAUUUCCUUGUCCAAAAUUGAAGAGGUUAGUUCUGGUGAUUUGCGAUAUCACUAUUCGAAUGAUCAAGAAGUCGUCCAACAUAUGCGACAUUAUGGUCCUAUGUUUAAGGCUAAGGUUCUUGAGUUGGUUGAUAACAGAGAUGAUGGUGAUACUACUCAUAAGGUUACUAGUGAGUUUUUUCCUAGCCUUCAUCGCAUCUUAUUGGAGAAGAAAACCCGUGGUAACUUUUCCUUUAGAGGGAGAGCUCAAUUUCUUUCUUAUCUUAUGGAAUGGACAGAAACAAUUUUACGUCUUCAUCGUGGUACUUUGACUGAUACAGGGAUUUAUGGUGCCAUAGCUGUAUCUAGGUUCCCUUUUUUAAUUGAGAAUAACAUAUGGCGAGCUUUUACAGAACUUUGGGGGCCUUUAGCUAAUACCUUUCACCACAGCAGCGGCGAAAUGGGCAUUUCUUUAUAUGACUUGAAAGUCAUUGGUGGCUUACCAAUUUUGGGGAUUCCUUAUGAGGGAUUUAUUCCUUUAAAUGCUAAAUUGAUGCAAGGGCCUAUGCGUAUCCCCAUUGUUGUGGAACUUUUAAGGACUCAUGCUCAAAUUUGUGACCAUUUGAACAGUACAAAAGUAACUUGGAAGCAAUGGGUCGAAUAUUUUUACAGAGGGCAAAAGGUUUUUGAAGGUAUUAAGGGAGCUUCUACCUCCAAACCCUCAAAGAAGACUUUAAAAAGGAAGGAUGCCAAACAAAUUGAUGUACGCUCCCUUCCUUUAAGUGCAUCCAAGGAGUGUAUUCUUGCAGCUUUCAUAUCUUUCUGGUUAAGUCGGUUUGUUUUUCCUUAUCAAGGUUAUGAUGCAAGGCCCGAAACAUUUCAUAUGGCUUCAUUAAUGGCACAAGGGGUCAGAGUUUCACUUGCACCUUCUGUUUUAGGAUGUAUUUAUCACGAUUUAAAUAUUGCAGCUACACAUGUGCAAGGUCAAGGCCAAAGUUUCUUGCCUAUACAUUAUGUAUUAGGCUGGUUGGUUGAACAUUUUCGUGACCUCUAUAGCAAUUGGAGCUCCUCUAUUGAUUUGCCUUUUUUAAGCAAAUAUGUUGGGGUACCAGCUGAGAAUCAGAGUCUUAAUGCAGCCCGCCGUAUUUUAAGAGAAGAAGAUUAUGUCAUUCACCGACCAUAUUCUUUCCCUGCUGAAGAAGAUUUUGAUUGUAUGGACAAUGAAGACCUAUCUGAAGAUAGAUUUGAGAUGUUGGUUUCUAUGCAUUCUUCUAUGUUACCUGUGAGAGUAGGUAAAGAACUAUAUGUUGAGCCAUACUUUCCCAAUAGAUUUUCUCGCCAAUUUGGUUUUGAUCAAGGUGUGCCCUCAAAUGAACUUCGUUAUAGUUUUUCUCGAAGAAUGCAAUGUGGGAUAGCUGGCGUUGCUGAAGCCUGGACCUUGAUUUUAAGGAGAAAUACUGGUAUUCGUUUUCAUAUCCCUAAUAUGACUCGUAUGGGUCAGUGUACUUGGUGGUACUGUCGUUGGUGGGCAAGGACUUGUAUGCCUUUGUUAGGGAGAUCUGUCAAGAAUCUUCAUUUAGAGCUCUCAAAGCAACCUUAUGAAGAAGAGGAUCCUAAAUAUAUCAUUAAGGACAUUCGAGAGAUUUAUUCAACUCUUGACGAAGUCUUUAUAAAGUGUACUCCCAAUGAUACUGAAUUUUCUAAUGCCAACUAUGUCGAUGUUGGGUCAGAUAGUGAUGAUACCUCAGAAGUACAUUUCAAAAGGAAAAAGCAUACGAAAACCCUUGAAAUUAAUCAAGAUGAAAAUAUAACUUUCCCAAUUACACAGGAUUCAAUUAAUGCACCCCUUGACAUUUGUAUUGAUGCCCCCAGUUCGAGAGUAGAUGAGCUUGUUGAUUUUGAUGAGUCUGAUGACCAUGUUAAUGUUGAGUUUUCUGAUGAAAUGUUGUCUCGAGAGAAUAUUGUUCCACCGGAACAAAUCUCAUUUAUGUCUGUUUUAGCAAUUACCAACUCAAAUUUAAAGGAAUACACCAAGGAGUUUGUAGUUGAAAGUGCUAUAGAUAUUGAUAUAUCUCACAUCCAUGAUAUAAUUAAUCGCGGUGAAGAAAAUUUGGCUACCAUAGAUAGACUGUCUACGUCUGUGUCGAACAAGAAACAAGUUUUGGAAGAUCUUAAGAUUAAGGAGGCGGGAAUUAUUGCGGCAGAAUUGGCGUUACAACAAAGACGAACUGAAUACGAGACUGAAAAAGCAUCAGCCGAAAAAGAUCUUUCUAAUCUUGAGGACUCAUUGAAGCAGCAUCAACAGAUUGAUGAGAGGAUAAAGCAAUCAAAGCUUGAAGCUGGUGUGGAAAAAUUCUAUGAAGUCGAAAGAGCUAAAGUUGCAAAAAAACUCACGAAGAAGAAUUUCAGAAGAUCCACAAUUCUUUGA